UCAGCUCCGGUCACGAUCACUCCUCAGUAGAACGCCGACUUUCGCGAUGGUCAAACGCUUUUUAGCUUCCAGCUAACGUGAUUGCCUUUUGCAUUGUUAAAUUUUUGCAAUAUUUCGUUUGAAUAAGUGCAAAUAUUUCGACUGUGUGCUAAACAAACAUAUCCUAUGUGCUUUAAGAAAACGUGAAUUGAAUUACUAGAAAUUUGUGCAAUGUGUAAACUGUGAUUUAAUUGUUAUCGAAAAUUGUACGCUUCCCAAAACGAAAAAGAAGAAUAUUCUAUGCCAGUAAGCGCAACGAUGACUGCCGAGUCAUUGAAGCCGUUUCUAAGUGCGCCGAAUGCCCUGGAGAAUCUGCCCCAGGAAUGUGUGGACAAAAAAUCGGUGAAAAGAUAUGCGCUUAUCUGCGGCUUUGUGGUCCUGCUCGGGCUGACGGUGGGCGUCGUUGGACUGGAGAUUUGGAACAUGGACAGGAUCUCCGCCCUGCAACGGGAAGUCGACAGCAUGAAGCAGCAACUGCAGGAACUACGCCAGCUACGAACUAUCGAGAAUCUGGAGGACUUUGACGAUUUUGCGGAAGCGUACGACUCCAACGAAAUACACUCCACCUCGGACGAAUACGGGGAAGAGUUGGGCGAUGAGCGUGAGAGUGACAUUGAAGAGGGCAGCGCCAGCGAUUUCGGCAUUCCGGAUGGUUUCCCCAUCGAUGACAUGGAAACGGAAAUAAGAGUCCAAAGCACAUCCAAUGCGGUCGACGGAAAGCGGAAAGCUCGCUCCAUAAGUGGAAUGACCUAUCAGGGGGUGCCGAUACUGGAAGAAUCCUACAUGAACCGACAUCGCCAUCAGAACAGAAGCCGACAUCACCAGCAGUUCCGACAUCAGCAACAGCUUCACCAAAGUGAACCGCAAUAUCAGCAGAUGCGACAAAGGCCUGAGGAAACGGCCACUCCACCUCCGCAGCUUAAAUACAAGUGGGAUGAUGAAACAGAUAGACAUCAUCAGUUAGCCUCCGGUAGUGCUGCUUCUGUUGUAUCCGGCAGACAUCGCAUAAAUGCCGAAACCCGGAGGAACCACCAGCCGUCUUUCACGACCACACCAUACGCACCCCCUUCCACUUCCUAUCGAAGUGACAAGUUCGUUGGAAGUCCCAAAUCAUCGAAUCUGGUAGGACCAGAUUACACCACGAAACCACCGGGACCGACCCAUGACAGGCGCAGUCGCGUGAUGAUGACCAACAACGGGGAGCACAACAAAUUCCAGAAGGUUAUUAAAAAUCCGGGUACCUUUAUGGAAUCUCGACAACCCUCGGUUCAAAAGGUAGGCCGCUUGAUGCGCAAAUCAUCAGUUCCGGCUCGCGUUACUGCCCUUCAUCUGGCCAAGUCCCAUUCGCGCUAUCAGAAUCUCCGAGCCACAAAUCACGUUCAGUGGCAAUGGCACCCAGUGGAUCCCAUCAACCAGGAGGCACUCAAUUCACACGUGUUCCAUCUCUCCCACGACGGAGUGCUGACCAUCAACGACACCGGACUGUACUUUGUCUACGCUCAGAUAACUUACUCCGAUCAACACCCGGUCAACGGAUUCAGCAUCAUGGUCAACAGCAAGCGACACGCAUCCUGUUCCGUUCACGGUCAACCCGGAAAGAAGACCAAUACAUGCUACACGGCAACGUUGGCGGAUUUGGACCAUGGUUCGCACAUCGAAAUCCGGGACAUGGACUUGGACCAUGUGCAUUUGCCCUUCCAGGAGAAGACCUUCUUCGGGCUGUACAAAUUGGGCAGACGACCCUUGAUGGCGCAUGCUAACACUUAACCGAUAGGUCAUCACUGAAUAUCUCUCUCCCUGUGUACAUAUAAAACAUUUCAAGCUCUUAUUCUGUAGAAGUAAGUCUCGCACGUUCUACACCCCUGAUUAAUCCAUUUUGCGUCCCUUCUCUAUGUGCCUUCUUGUUAUCAAAUACCUACAAAUGUACGGAAAAUGUAUUGUGAAUGUGUUAUUAUUGCCCCUCAAUGUUGUCGUGAUAUAUUUAUGAACAAAAAGGUUAAUAAAUUGUGUAAUGAUCAUACCGAAACAUUCAA